AUGCUCGCCACGCAUCCCCUUGACGCCCACGCACGCCACGACCUCGCAAUUGCUGGCCAUGCGCGCGCCCUGCUAGCAUGGCAUCGCUCGGCGCGCUUCUGUGGCACGUGUGGGGCGCGCACGGCCCCCUGUGAGGCGGGCAACCGCCGCCUCUGCCCCGUCGCUGCCUGCCGCUCCAAGCUCUACCCACGCAUCGACCCGGUGGUGAUAAUGCUGGUGGUGCAUGCACGGUCGGACCGAGUGCUGCUGGCACGGCAGCACCGCUUCCCCGACGCUAUGUGGAGCUGCCUCGCUGGUUUCAUGGAGCCCGGGGAGAGUUUGGAGGAGGCAGUAGCGAGGGAGGUGAGGGAGGAGGUGGGGUUGUGCAUCGCUCACACCCGCUACCACUCGUCGCAGCCGUGGCCCGUGGGGUUCGGCAGCAUGCAGUGUCAGCUGAUGCUGGGCUUCUAUGCCUUUGUGGACGACACUGCUGUUACCCUCAACACACACGAGCUGCAAG